AUGGAAGAUGUUAACAAGACCAUGGUGGUAGAAUUUAUACUCACGUCAUUUUCCAGCUUUCAUCACUUUCAGAUAUUAUUUUUUAUUAUUAUUUUGCUGAUGUAUAUCAUAACUGUUGGUGGAAACUUUGCUAUCAUUGCCCUAGUUAAGACUGAGAUCAAUCUUCAUAUUCCAAUGUAUUUUUUAAUUAGUAUAUUUGCUGCGUUAGAAAUUUCUUUUGUGUCUGUGACUGUUCCAAAACUUCUUUCUAAUCUCAUUACAGUGAACAAAAUGAUAUCUUUCAUUGGAUGCUUUACGCAGUUGUAUGCCUUUAAUUCCCUUGGGGUCACAGAAUGCUAUCUUCUUGCAGUCAUGGCUUUUGACCGAGACUUAGCCAUUAAUAACCCUCUACAUUAUGGAGCUAUUAUGAGCAGUUUGUUCUGUAUUGAGUUAGCAGCAAUGUCAUGGAUUAUUAGUUCUGUUAUUGUCUUAAUACCUACAAUUUUGACAGCCAACCUUGAAUUUUGUGGACCAAAUGAAAUAAACCAUUUUUUCUGUGACCUGGCCCCAUUACAAAAUUUGGCUUGCUCAGAUGCCUUUAUUAGCAAUGUGGUUACAAGCAUUGCUGCAGUUUUUGGAAGUAUUUCCCCCUUCACUGCUAUUGUGGGAUUUUAUGUCCAUAUCAUUAUUACAAUUUCAAAAAUUAAAAGUGCAGAAGGUAAACAUAAAGCUUUUACCACCUGUUCUUCUCAUCUAAUUGUAGCUAGUCUUUUUUAUGGUACAGUAAUCAUUGUGUACAUAAGACCAAAAGGUAGCCAACAUGACAAAUUCCUUGCCCUUAUGUACACCAUAGUUAUUCCCCUCUUAAAUCCUUUCAUUUAUACCUUAAGAAACAAAGAUGUAAAGGGAGCUAUUAAGAAAAUUAAACCUUUAAUGCAACUUGCAAAAUGUAAAUAA